CAUAGAUGUGCUUGCAGGGCCCUUGUAUGCCCUUGUUACCCCGAGAUGACUAAAACCUGCUGCUGCUGUUGCAUCCCACUUGGGUUUCUGCUGUGGGAAGCUGAGUUUUCUGGCAAGGCAUUGAGAGGCUAGGCUGAGGUUUGCGUGUAGAAUCCAGGCGCAUUGCUCCCUCCCGGCCAAACUGUGCCUGAAGUCUGUUUGUAUUUGCAGGAGCUGUUGCUCAACCAGACGUGUGUUUGACGUGUUGGGUCUCUGUCUCUGCGAAGAGCGUUUAUUUGCUUCUCUUCUCCUUCCGGUUGUAGACUUCAGUUACAAUGGGGAAUGUUUUUGAAAAGCUGUUUAAAAGUCUAUUUGGGAAGAAGGAGAUGCGGAUUCUCAUGGUGGGCUUGGAUGCAGCUGGGAAGACCACCAUCCUGUAUAAGCUGAAGCUUGGAGAAAUCGUGACGACCAUCCCUACCAUAGGUUUCAAUGUGGAGACAGUAGAAUAUAGAAAUAUCAGCUUCACUGUCUGGGAUGUCGGUGGCCAGGAUAAAAUCAGACCUCUGUGGCGACAUUACUUUCAGAAUACCCAAGGUCUGAUUUUUGUGGUUGACAGCAACGACAGAGAGAGAGUCAAUGAGGCCCGGGAGGAACUGACCAGGAUGAUGGCGGAAGACGAGCUCAGAGACGCUGCUCUGCUGGUAUUUGUAAAUAAGCAGGAUCUUCCCAAUGCUAUGAAUCCAGCAGAGGUCACGGACAGGCUGGGCUUACAUUCCCUCCGCCAGAGGAACUGGUACAUCCAAGCCACUUGUGCCACCAGCGGUGAUGGGCUCUAUGAAGGCCUCGACUGGCUCUCCAACCAGCUCAAAAACCAGAAGUGAUUGGAAGCAGCCCUUCCCUGUGCACUGUGGCAAACCAGCGGGCCUCUUCUGUGUGCGUGUGUGCGUGUGCGGAGCCCAGGGGGCCGUGU